CCACUCCGCUAGUCACAGCUGUUGCUGUUGAGGUUGAGUACCGGCAGAACUCGUCGCAGUCGCUGGUCGCUCGGCUCCGUUCACGGACAGUGCAAGUGCAGGGUUCGCUGCGAUCGAGCAGUUCGGGGCGACCCAUCGAGCCGACAUGGGGGACUCCCAGUUGCAUAAGCCCUGUGUGGCAAAAGUGGAGGAGAAUUUACAAUCUGCCGACUAUGAUGGUAUCGUUCUCAUUUCCCAUCUGCCUCCGGGGCAGCAGCCUGCCCCCUUCGGGGCUGUUCUGGCUGAUGCCGCCAAGAUUGACGAGUCUUUGAUUAAUGUUGGAGGUGUCUUCGGUGUCAAUCUUCCGUCCAAGCGUUUUGUGUACGCCCCAACUGGAAAUAUUUGCCCUGACUAUGAUGAUGUCAGAAGCUUUGCUGACGCAGCCAAGAAAGGUGUUUCAAGGGCCUUGAAAGCAGGAAUCAAGUCUCCUCUUCUUGUAAUUCCAACCUGUGAACAAUUCAAACAAGUGGAACUGGUGACAGUACUUGGUGCUUUAGAAGAGCUGUAUGUGCCUAUUAUGGUUCGAGAAGAUGCUCCCAAGAAACUGGUGAAGCCCAAGACUCUGGGGGUCUACCUGGAAAAUAAGACCCGCGCUAGCUCAACAGUGAAAUUGGCCAAUGCCAUUGAAGCAGGAAGGUUUGUGGCUCGAGACAUUGGUGGUGGGGAUCCGGAGCGAAUGGCCCCUCCUCGAGUUGAAAAAUAUGUACUGGAUGUAUUUGGAGGCUCUGGUAUCAAGAUAGAAGUCCUUGCCGGCACUGAAUUCUUUGAAAAGGAAUAUCCUCUCUUUGCUGCAGUGAAUAGGGCAGCGAGUGUGAUCGAACGCCACCAAGGCCGUAUCAUAUAUCUCACUUAUGAGCCUCAAGAUUUGAAAAAUGUCAAAGAAACACUGAUGUUUGUGGGUAAAGGUGUGACCUACGACACUGGUGGUGCUGAUAUCAAAGCUGGAGGUAUUAUGGCCGGUAUGUCUCGUGAUAAGUGUGGAGCCGCUGGUGUUGCUGGCUUUAUGAAGGUUGUUGCUGAACUUAAACCUCAGCACGUUAAAGUAGUGGCAGCUUUAUGCAUGGUGCGGAACAGUGUUGGUGAAAACUGUUAUGUCUCUGAUGAGGUUGUCAUUGCUCGGUCUGGAGUUCGUGUACGUGUUGGAAACACGGAUGCUGAAGGGCGUAUGGCUAUGGCAGAUGCCUUGUGUAGAAUGAAGGAGCUGGCUUCUACCACUCCCAACUGUCCCAAUCCGCACUUAUUCACCAUUGCAACUCUCACCGGUCAUGCAGUUUUGGCUGUUGGGAAUUAUUCGAUUUGCCAAGAUAAUGGACCUGCACGUGAAGACCAAAAUUCACGCAAACUUCAAGAUGCUGGUGCAGUGAUUGGAGACCCCUUUGAAAUCAGCACUAUGAGGAGAGAGGACAUUGCUUUCUACAAAGCCAAAAGCGCUGGAGAUGACUUGCUGCAAUGCACCAAUACACCAUCUUCCAGAACUCCUCGUGGGCACCAGUCACCUGGUGCAUUCCUUCUCUUAGCUUCAGGGCUGGAAAAGCAUGGUCUCACUGCCAAGCUGCCUGUGAAGUACUCUCACUUGGAUAUUGCUGCAUCUGCUGGAGACUUGCCCCAUGAACCAAGUGGUGCACCCAUUGCUGCUCUUGUUGCACGUUUUAUUCAAGAACUCAAUUGAAAGUGAGCCCAGAUCAACAUCCUCCAUAACUGGGGUUGAUGAUGAGAGGCUGGGAUGUUUUAAUCAAGAAAUUUAAAGUUGUAAAAUCUUCGAUGUUUUUAAGAUUGUAUUUUUUUGAAAUAAAUAAAUAAAUCUAUUCAAUUUAUGUCAAAA